AACUUGCAGACUAUCGUUUCAAUUCCUUGAUCUGGUUUUUUUUUAAUGCAAGAAGCUUCACUGCAGUUAGUGCCUGCUGUGUCCUCAUAUGCAUGUCUGUAUUACUCGUUUUUUCUCGAAAAGAGUAAUUUUGUGUGGAAAUCGUGAACAUUAUUUCAGAGAGUGAUUUAUCAAAAGAGAAUAAGUGUUAGAAUACUUUGAAAUAAGUGUCAAAUGAAUUAAGACACAGUAAGAAACAUGAACGCUUUACGAAACUGUACCAGGUUACUAGUCAAUAUUCCAAAAUUAAAUCUGGUCAACUACACAGCCCACAGAGGAAUCAAAAGAAGUAUAAGGCCAGUUCUGUUUGAACUGACGAGAAGGAAAAGAGCAGAAAAAAAUAAGAGGCCAGUUAUUCGUAGUAACUUUUUGGAAUGGAAUCGUGGAGCCGAAUUGUAUGCGUUCAACGUAAGACUUUCGGAAAAGUUUGACGAGGAUAUACUCGAGCAAGCCUUAACUCACAGGUCCUACGUUAUUCAGGAAGAGGAAAAACAAAAAAAAGUUGGGAUUGAGAAUCCUGAAAUUGAGUUACUUGAUAAUCGGGAACUUAUUACAGAUGGACAGAAAAUUUUGCCACGAAUAGUGGAGAGUUAUUUAAGCAAAUCUUUGCCUUACGCUCCGCAAGAUUGUAUCCUAGUAUUACGUGAUUAUCUUCUCUCUACCAAAAUGCUGGCAUCAGUCACAACCGGUAUUGGAUUAAAGGAUUUGGUUUUGAGCAGUGAAUAUCCGCUUACAGAUGAAACGCUCGCUAGAACUUUUUAUGCUGUAGUAUCCGCUUUGAUACAGAGCGCGGAUGUGCAUCACGCAAGUCUCUUUGUACGCGACAUGCUCAUUGUGGUGUUAGCUGAAAAAGAUUUACUUGAAAUUUGGUGUCCAGCUGAUCCUCUGAAUAUCCUCAAUGAAAUUCUCGAGAGAGAAGGCCAGGAGUUAGUAGAACCGAGAAUUAUCGGUCAAACGGGUAUCAGGACGAUUCAGCCUGUAUUUCAAGUGGGACUUUACACAAACAAGAAAUUUAUUAGUUCAGCUUUUGGAGAGACCAUAGAAGAAGCGCAGAAGGCUGCAGCUUUAAAAGCUCUGAGCCAAAUGUUCGGUCUAUCGGACUCGAGUCGACCACUCAAUUUCAACUUGGAAGUUAAAGACCCGGUACAAAAUGUGCCCUUAAAAUCGUGGCGCAGAUCAAAUUCGUAAAAAGUUACUUUUUUUCUAUGUAAGAGAAAUUUUUAUUACACACCAGGAAAUUCUUGAUGAAAAUACAUUAUGCAAAGUUGAAAAA